CAGACAGAAACAGAGGCUAGACCCAGCUCUCGAUGCUAUAGUCACUCUGUUAGAAACUGGUCAGACCCCACCUCCCAGUCUUAGAGCAGAACUACCUGAGCUUCCCUUGUUGCUGCGUGAGCUCAGUCAUCUUGAACUGCAGAAUGGAGUUCUUUACCGAAAGAGGCAAACCGGUCCAGACAUCUCCUUUCAACUCGUGUUACCCGAGGAGUUGAGGUCCGUAGUCUUCCAACACCUCCACAGUAACAUGGGCCACCUAGGAACUGACCGCACUAUUGACCUGGUCAGAACUCUGUUUUACUGGCCAAAAAUGCAGACGUCAGUUGAAAAAAUGAUCAACACCUGUGAACGGUGUGUUCGCCGGAAGUGUAGGCCGGAGAGGGCAGCUCCCCUCAUGAACAUCAAGACAAGCAGGCCCCUUGAACUGGUCUGUAUAGAUUAUCUAUCUAUUGAGCCAGAUCAGUCUAACACUAAGGAUGUAUUAGUUAUGACUGAUCACUUCACUAAGUUCGCAGUAGCUGUCCCUACACCCAACCAACGAGCGCGCACUGUUGCAAAGGCCCUCUGGGAGAACUUCAUUGUUCAUUAUGGUGUCCCAGAGAGACUUUUAAGUGAUCAAGGUCCCGAUUUCGAAUCGAAGACAAUAAAAGAACUCUGCGAAAUUAUCGGGAUGAAAAAGAUACACACGACGCCGUAUCACCCCAGAGUCAAUCCAGUUGAGAGGUUCAACAGAACACUUCUCCAAAUGUUUGGUACCCUGAAUGACAAUGAGAAGUUGCAUUGGAAAGAGUAUGUAAAGCCUCUAGUACAUGCAUAUAAUUGUACCAAGAAUGAUGUGACAGGCUAUUCGCCUUAUGUGCUGAUGUUUGGGAGACAACCAAGGCUUCCCAUUGACCUAGUAUUUGGGUUGCCUGUGGAUGCUCAGAAGAAGUCACACUCCCAGUACGUCAGUGAUCUGAAACAUAGGUUGGAGGAAAGUUUUAAGAUUGCAACAUCAAACGCACAAAAGAAUGCUGAGCGCAAUAAAACCCGCUUUGACAAGCAAGUGGUUGACUCGACUCUCAACGUGGGCGACAGGGUUCUCGUGCGUAAUGUUAAACUGAGGGGAAAACAUAAGUUGGCAGACAAAUGGGAGGAAGAUGUGUAUGUAGUUCUGAGAAGAGCGGGUGAACUACCAGUCUAUACGGUUAAACCGGAAGCGAAAGAAAGACCAGUCCGAACAUUGCACAGAGACCUGCUCCUUCCUUGUAGCUUCAUACCGGUCACGGAGUCAACUGAAAACAGUCCCAAAAAGCCCCAAGCUCGGCGGAACACAAGGCAAACUGUCGUUCAGGAAGACGAAGACGACGACCUAAACUCCGAGUACUUCCCAGUACCCACCUGGAUACCAAUCUCUAUUACCAGUUCCAUCAAGCCGACUCUCGUUGUGCCCAGCGCUGAAAGUGUGCAGAGACCACUUCCAGCUUAUGAUGAAGCCGAAUGUGACAGCCCCACCGGACGUGACAACCCCACCGGACGUGACAAUCCCAUCGGACGUGACAGACAAUCAGAGGAAAUUGAGGAAACAGAAGUUGUGAACUUACCUGAAACUGCAACUGAGAACUUACCCGAACAUGUGGACUUACCUGAGCCUAGUUUGCGGGAAACCGACGUUCAAGUUGAAAAUCCUGUGGAAAGGACCCAGCAACCUAGUGAGCAAGUCCUGCCCGAAGUGGAUGAGACGAUGCUAGGGCGUCCUAAUGACCAAGAAAGAGUCAUAACUGAGCAGCCCAGUUCAUUUGGUUCACAGAACAGCUAUCAGGAAGAACAUGACGUCCUUCGUCGAUCUCAAAGGUCACGUCAGACACCAGAAAGGUUGCAGUAUUCUACCUUAGGUAACCCCUUACUGUACGUUGUUAAUGCAGUAUUUAAUAGCCUAAACGAAGCCAUUUCAAGCUCUAUGCAGUCUAACCAUUUGGAUGCACAGGGACGUGCAUACCAUCAAGUGGGGAGGGUGUAACCCAUAUUUGAGUAUGGCUUAACUAGAAUACACCAGAAUAAAAGAAUCAUUAAUCUAAGCAGCACACUUCAUUUGUAAUGAAUAAACCAUAGGUGCAGCAGUUAAGGAGUUAACUGUUCUGGUUUAGACACGUGUUACUCUAGGCCAAUGAGCUGCUGAAACGUGGUACAGGCUCCGCCUGCCGCCCCUGCCUAGGAGGACACAGAUUUUUCUUUUCUCUCUUCCGCUCGCGAACCUUCCAUGAGCAAGCUAGUGGGGAAACGAGACACGGCGAUUUACUGAGACGAGUCGAGAAAGGUCGGGAGUUAGAGACGACGCCAUUUCAUCGGUCGUGCGCCAUCUCGCGCUGCUCCGUCUUUCUAAUUCUGAGAUCGGUGAGCAAAGUGUUUUACUUGUUCAUUAUUUAUCUGUGUUUCAUGAAUGCCUUGCAAGUAAAAUGUUCCAGUGUUUAAUGAUGAUUGUUUAGGAAUGUUCUGUAGGAAACUUUGUUCAAUUUACUGAAACCCAGUAGUUGAAGUGAAUGUGUGAAUUGUGAUUUUAUGAGGAACUUAAUAUGUCCCAUGACACUGUCGUUGACAGGUCAGGUUUUUUUCUUUUGUUUGGCUUUGUUUUUUUUGUUUCUUUGGUUUGUAUCUUCCUGGUGCAUUCAAACGGAUCCUGAAAUUGAUGGCGAGCCAACCCCGUUGAAGGACCAAAUGACUUUGUUCUGUCCUGCACAUCAGAGUGUGGUAGGCCAGAUGCAACAAAACAGAGACACACCACGCCAUUUUGUACUCGUAGUCCCCCUUUUUCACACACAUCCCCCUGGACUCACGGGCGGGUGGUUUUAAGGACUCGUUUUUACGGACUCUGUACAUUCCAUGAAUGUGAACAAAAGUGAGUGUGAGCGGUUGGAAAUAACCCUCCAGCUGAUUAACUGUUGCUAUUAGUUAACGAAGUCUGUGAAGAUGCAAAUAAGUGCUAACAUUUAUAUGCUGAUGAUUGACAUUGUGGUUCAUUGUUGGAUGUGAACUGUACCUCUAGAAAGGGUGCACCCAGGUAAGAUUUCUUUUUUUUUUUCCAUCGAGUGAUCACUGUGAUUUUGCCAAAAGGUGUUAUUAAGAGAGUACUGGUACCGAAAGGGAAUAAUUUCAUUUGUAAGUGUUUUGUAUGUUUGUCAUAAUGUCCUGUUAUUUCUAAUUGAAAAGAAAAAUACAAUUCCGGUUAUUUUUCAAAACUCGCGGUUGUCUGAGUCUC